GGCGCCGCGGAGCAUGGACGACCCCGACUGCGACUCCACCUGGGAGGAGGACGGCGACGCGGACGCGGACGGCGAGGCCGCCGGCGCGGGGUCCGCGGACGCGGGGGACGAGGACGAGGGCGCGGGGCAGGCGCGGCCCGGCGCGCUCCAGUCCAGGAUGACAGGGUCCCGGAACUGGCGAGCCAUGCAGGACAUGCGCAGGUACCGACACUGCUACCCGGAUUUGGUAGAACCAGACUGCAACGGAGACAUGCCAAACCUGAGUUUCUACAAAAAUGAGAUCCGCUUCCUGCCAAACGGCUGUUUCAUUGAGGACAUUCUUCACAACUGGAGGGACAACUAUGACCUCCUCGAGGACAACCACUCCUACAUCCAGUGGCUGUUUCCUCUGCGGGAACCGGGAGUGAACUGGCACGCCAAGCCCCUCACACUCAAGGAGGUCGAGGCUUUCAAAAGCUCCCGGGAGAUCAGGGAGCGGUUUGUCCAGGCCUACGAGCUCAUGCUGGGCUUCUACGGCAUCCGGCUCCAGGACCGAGACACGGGUGCCGUGUGCCGGGCACAGAACUACCAAAAGCGCUUCCAGAACCUGAACUGGCACAGCCACAACAACCUGCGCAUCACGCGCAUCCUCAAGUCGCUGGGCGAGCUGGGCCUCGAGCACUACCAGGCGCCGCUGGCCCGCUUCUUCCUGGAGGAGACGCUGGUGCAGCGGGAGCUGCCGGGCGUGCGGCAGAGCGCCCUGGACUACUUCAUGUUCGCCGUGCGCUGCCGGCACCAGCGCCGGGAGCUGGUGCGCUUCGCCUGGGAGCACUUCCGGCCCCGCUGCAAGUUCGUCUGGGGGCCCCACGACAAGCUGCAGAGGUUCAGGCCCAGCUCUCCACCCCGACAGCUGGCGGCUCCCAGGCAGGUGGAGGGGCGGGAGAGCCCCCAGGACCCCCUCCUCGAGGCUGGCACCCAGGGUUGGACCUGCGGGCUGGGGAGGGAGGGGAGUGGGGACAGCACGCCCGAGAGUCCCCGCCCGCCGAGCGUGAAGCCCCAGGACCAGGGAACCCUGGAGAGGAGCCGGGGAGACGUGGCCAAGGGCGGCAGGGAGGAUGAGCCGGAGCCCCCGAGCCCCAAAGAGGGCAAGAAGAGGAAGCUGGAAAUGAGUGGGCGCGAGCAGACCCCCGAGGAGCUGGGCCCCCAGGGCGCCUCGGAGGUGGAGAAGAUUGCUCUGAACCUGGAGGGGUGUGCCCUCAGCCAGGGCAGCCUCGGGGCGGGGGCCCAGGAAGGGGGCAGCCAGGACUUGGGGGAGGCUGAGCAGCCCUGCCCCCAGCCCCCGGGGGCCAGGGUGGCCGACGAGGUGAGGAAGCGGAGGAAGGUGGACGAGGGUGCCAGGGACAGUGCCGUGGUGGCCAGCAGGGAGGCCCAGACACCGGCCCCAUCAGGGUGCCCCGAGGCCAGAGAGGUCGAGAAUGGGGUCAAGGAGGAUGUGGAAGGCCCGACGGAGCCCAAGCAGGGUGCCCCUGGGAGCCUGUCACAGGGCCCAGGCCCCACUGCAGGACCUGCGGCCCAAGAGUGUGCAGAGGUCGGGGAGGCCACAGGGGAGGGGCCUCCUGCCAGACCCACAGAGCCUUAAGGGACAGUGCCAGCAGGUGUCGUGGCCCUGCUGCAGGAGUCGGGGCCCCGGGCACCCGGCGCUGCUCUCCCCAGUGUCCAGCAGUACCAGCCUCUCCCCAGCAGCCACUGCGGCGGCCUGGCAGGAGUGCAGCCCCGCCUCAGGGAAGGCCCAGGCCCCCAGGAGCCUCGGCGUCUCGCUGCACCCCCGCCCCACUGUCCUCUGCCCAUCUCUGUAAAUUGACUUUCAGGGUCGGGGGGUGGUAGGGUCCCAUUUUCUUAGUCUGGUGCCAAGC